AACUGGGGGUGCAUUCGACAUCGACCCCUGAGUGACAAGCUUAUGGCGGGACUGACUCAGUAUCCGUUCCGAUCAUUUUCAGCCCGGGACCAACCGGUUACCUUGUCGCCCUACGUGUCUCAACAUAGGCUCAAUGCACGAAGACAGCCCGAAGAUCUAUAAGUCUCACCUUCGCUACGAGGACGUGCCUGUAAAUAGUGCCUAUCAGCUCCUGUUCGAACACCCCACCAUCGAUGUGCCUGAUUCACACACCGUGUACAUCGAUGCUCUGACUGGAGUCUCAAGGACUCGUGGCCAGCAUAUUGUCCGAUCUAAGAGGCUUGCUACUGCGCUGGUGACUAGUCCUUCCAAAGGUGGCUUGGGAUUGACUAGAAAUGAGAGGGUUGGCAUCCUUGCUGAGAACUGCAUGGAUUACAGUGUUAUUGUUCACGCGUGUCUCUAUGCUGGCAUCCCCUUUGUCAUGCUGAACAUCAAUGCGACAAUGGAUGAGCUCGUUCACGCCGUCGAUUUGGUCACUCCGUCCCGGGUGUUUAUCACCAAAUCUCUUCUUGGACGCCACAUUAAAUCUUUGAAGUCCACAAUGACAUUUUCUGGAGUUGCAUUCUCCAGUAGUGGGCUCGGAGGGCCCGACCAGAUCGUUGAGUUGAAGGAUGGACGAGAUUUGGAUGCUUUGCUUGUCGAUACAAUCUCCAUGCAGACUCUACUAAUGUGCAAUGUAAAGAGAAACGAUAUAGCGUAUAUGAUUUUUUCGAGUGGCACCACCGGGAUGCCAAAGGCGGUAAUGAUUAGUCAUGGGAAUGUGAUGUCUUCCAUGCUGCAGGGUAGGGCCGCAAUGCAAGUCGUGUUGAAAGCCCUGGGGAUAUCGUCCCCGCAAGGGGUUCCAUGCCUGGCCACUCUACCAAUGUAUCACACAUACGGAUUUUUCAGCACCUGCUUGAGUAACCACGCUACAGUCAACACCUACGUCAUCCUCCCUCGCUGGGAGGUCGGGGAGGCUCUGCGAGCCAUAGAAAAGUAUAAGAUUCAGACAGCCCUACUGGUUCCGACAAUGAUACGGCAGUUGGUAAAUGCACUGCUGUUGAAAGAGAACGACUCAAGCUCCCUCCGGGGUGCUUUAGGAACCCUCACAAGUGUGGUUUCAGCUUCUGCGGCUUUGUCGCCCGAGCUAGUGAAAGAGUUUUACAAGAUCCUAGAGAGGCCGUCAAAUGAGCAUAUCGCCACGAACGUCUCUGUAGGUUCGUAUUUUGGAGCAUCCGAAGCGACAGUUUCAAUUGCUUCGCCAGCAUUCAGAGCCCCAAAGUUGGCACCGCCUGGGUUCUUGACCACAAGUGCAUUGACUCUUGUUGCGAACACAGAGGCUGUCCUCCGUCAUGAUAGUGAUGGUCCCGGGCGAUCGAGUGAACAGUUACCACGAGGAUUCUCUGUUGGGGAGUUAUGUAUCCGGGGGCCGAACAUCGCUCUUGGGUACUGGAACAACAAGUUCGCUACGCAGGAGACGUUUCGAGUGACAGUGCCUGGUGUCGAAGGGAAUGACUGGCUCCGAACCGGUGAUCUGUUCAUUGCGGACCAAGAUGGUAGUUUGUGGUUCGUUGAAAGGAUCAAGGACGUCAUGAAGAUAUCAGGAUCACAAGUUUCUCCCCAAGAAAUUGAGGAAACUAUACUAAAGCAUUGCCGGGAGAUUGUAAAUGAUGUUUGUGUCAUUGGGGUCAACCCAGCCUCUGUUUUAGCGGCAUCACUGGCAAACGGUCCACUUGAGCAUGCAGAGAGAGUCAAGAGGUCAGCUGCGGCUGAGGAAUUGGUUCCGCGUGCCUGGGUCGUACCUUCUCUCAAAGGGAGGGCCAUUGGCAAGGAGAAGUGUGCACAGGUUAUCGAUUCUGUGGUUCGUGAACGCCUAAGCAAGAUUAAAUGGAUAGUGGGCGGGAUAGAGUUCAUCAGUGAGGUGCCUAAGAAUAGUGUCGGAAAGACGAUGCGGCGUCCUCUGCGAACCCAGUUCGAGGCCCAAUAUCCUCCUAAGGCAGCUCGCCUCUGAGGUAUUCUCACGUGCUCCUUGCUGGGGUCCUGCCUUGGAGGAAUUGUUAAUUUCGUUCGAUACGUUAUGUAGUGGAUGUUAUGGCAGUGAUGAAUUCCCCUCGAUCGCUGAUUGAAAAUGGCUUUGCAAGUAUACGUACUUUUGCAACCAGAUGUUGAGGUCUGUUUGCAGCCGGACCGGCCGAAGUGAUCACUUGUCGCGGCGCAGCAUCGACAAGGGCUCCUUAGCUACGAACGUACAUCGCAAGGGCUAUACAUAGAGUCGAGAAGGCAUAGAGGCUGGUUCUACCUGACAUAUCGUGCAUUGAACGAGGAAGUACCUGACCUGUCGCUCCUAGCCGCGUCGUACAUUCCGAAUAUGGCAGAGAAAGCUGAUGGCAU